AUGACAGCUGAAGAGGUAUACCUAAAGUAUCCCGACGAAAAAGUUGUCGGUUUCUUUAGAGGAAGUCAGCCGGAGUUAGUUAUACGGGAUCCCGAAUUUAUGAAGAGAAUACUUGUCACUCAUUUCCACAACUUCCACGGCAGAGGCUUAUUACCGAAUCCAACAUUUGUAGAGCCCCUGUUGAAAAAUUUAUUUUUUGCUGAUGGCGAUAUAUGGAAAUUGUUAAGGCAGCGCUUUUCAUUGGCGUUCAGUACUGGCAAAGUCAAAGCUAUGUUCUCUUUUAUCACUGAGAGAGCAGAGAAAUUACAAAUGCUUACUGAAGAGGUAGCCCAGCUUGAAUCGUACGAUGCACGAGAACUAAUGGCUAGGUACACGACUGAUUUCAUUGGAGCCUGUGGCUUUGGCAUUGACAUGGAUACGUUAAAUGACGAAAAAUCUAUAUUUAGGCAGAUAGGCCAACGAAUCUUCAAACGAACACCAUAUGACGCAAUAAGAGCAGUAUUAAAGUAUACUUUUCCGGAUCUGUGCAAGAAUAUAACAUUGUUAACACCGGAAUUGGAAACAUCUAUGAAUUAUUUGGUAAAUUCUGUGUUACAACAAAGAAAUAAUGAGUCCACGGGACGUAAUGAUUUCAUCGAUUUAAUGAUUGAAUUGAGGAAGCAGGGCAAAAUCGUUACAGAGUCAAUGACUGAGCGAAACGCAGACGGAACCCCCAAAAUGAUAGAAUUGGAUUUUAGCAAUCCACUGCUGGUGUCGCAGGUAUUUUUAUUCUUCGGUGCUGGAUUUGAAACAUCGUCAACUGCCUCCAGUCACACUUUACAUCAGCUAGCAUAUAAUAAGAAAUACCAGAGAAAAGUUCAAGAAGAAUUAGACGGUAUAUUGAAGAAAUAUGACAAUAAAAUAACAUACGACGCAGUCAUUGAAAUGAAUUACUUAGAAAAGGCGUUUUACGAAUCGCUAAGAAUGUAUCCACCUGUAGCAUAUUUAAUUAGGCAGUGUUCUUCGAAAUACACGUUUCCUGAGAUUGAUUUGACCAUCGACGAGGGUGUCCGAGUUGUGAUGCCAAUAAAGGCAAUGUUUAAUGAUGAGAAGUAUUUCAAAAAUGCUCACUUAUAUAAUCCUGAUAGAUUUGCGACACUUAAGGAUAUGAAGAAUAAUCUUUUUAUACCAUUUGGAGAUGGACCACGAACAUGUGUUGCGGCACGUUUGGGUCUCAUGCAAUCGUUGGCUGGUCUAGCGGCGGUUUUACACAAAUUUGACGUUGAGCCCUCGAGUAAAAGUAUAUUCCGACCGACACCGGAUCCAACUGGUACUGUUUCUGAAAAUUUCGUUGAUGGGCUACCUCUGAAAUUCACGAAACGCAAACAAUCCACAUGA